UGUCACACGGCGCCCGGUAACCCUUCCCUUCACUUCAGUUGUGUGCGGCGAGUACUGUGUGGUGUCCUAAUUGAUUUCAGAUAUUACUAUUCAUUGGAUUAUCGUUAUCACCAAAGAUGUCUGAAAAACAUUUAAAAGCUGGUGACCCUCUCCCUCCAUACAAUGGAAAGCUCCGUCUGUUUGCCAUGAGGUUCUGUCCAUAUGCCGAGCGCAGUGUGCUGGUCCUCAAUGCCAAGAACCUCCAGUAUGAUCUUGUCUUCAUCAAUCUGGACAGCAAGCCCGAAUGGCUCUUUGAGUUCAACCCAAAAGGUUCCGUGCCAGCAUUGGAAUACGAGCAGGGCAAAGCUAUCUUCGACAGUGCUAUCAUUAACACCUACCUUGAUGAGAAGUAUCCGGAAGUUCCACUGCAGUCUACGGACCCACUCCGCAGAGCUCAAGAUAAAGUGUUUGUGGAACUGUUCUUGGCGGCACACUCAUCCUUCUACGUCGCUGCAUUCAACCCGGACGGUUUCCAGCCCUCCCACCUAGAAGCCUACAAGAAAGGCCUGGAACGCCUGGACAUGGAGCUAAAAGCCCGUGGAACCAAAUUCCUGCACAGCGACGAGCCGGGGUUGGUCGACUACACUAUCUGGCCGCAUCUGGAGCGGUUCGAGUCUCUGCCGCUCCUUGGGAAGGCUGACAUGGCUAUUGACAGCACUAAGUAUCCGCAUGUGGCAAACUACUUGGAGGCGAUGAAGCAAGUGCCAGCAGUGAAGCAAUACUACCUGUCUGCGGAGACUCACGCCAAGUUCGUGGAGUCCAAGACCAAGGGCGAGGCCAACUACAACAUGCUAGACACCAGCGAUGUGUGCUGCAUGCGUCCUAGGAAGAAGAACCAGUGUUUGCAGGAUGGUGUUCGUGGAGCCGCGCACACGCCUCAUCAUCGAGGCGGCCCGUUUCCUGAUUACGGCGUAAAAGCCAUCAAUUUGCCGCUCCGCAAACAUCGUGGAGGCGCUGCAGUGUCGUGGCAGCCCGAACAGCACCCUACACGCAUCAUUAUACUGGACACGCAGGGCGCCGUAUGCACGCUGCACUUUAUCAACAUGGCAAAAGCGAGAUACUUAGCUAAACCUGCUAUUUUGGUAGAUAUAACAUUAUCAAAGGUAAACCGGUUACAAGUGGACGUAGUUUUGUUUAUAAUGCAUACACUGGCAUUGGCGUCUUGGAGGGUACUAGUGCCGGUAGUACAGAAUUUAAAAUACGUGUUACCAUUAUAUCGCGCUAUGGCAGGAACAGCUAAAAUUCACUUUGACACGAGACAUCUGAAAAAAGGCGAUCCCCUGCCCCCGUACAAUGGGAAGCUUCGGAUCUACAACAUGCGUUAUUGUCCGUACGCACACCGCACAAUCCUCGUCCUUAACGCCAAGCAGGUCGACUACGAAGUUGUCAACAUUGACCUGAUGGACAAACCCGAAUGGCUAACCAGCAAAAGCCUGUUUGGGAAGGUGCCUGCAAUCGAAAUCGCAGAUGGCGUUUGCAUCGCCGAGAGCCUGGUCACGUCGGAGUAUUUAGACGAGGUGUACCCGCAGCGACCUUUACUGCCCAAAGAUCCGUUGAAGAAGGCGCUUGCUAAGAUCAUCGUCGAAGGAUCGGGCCCAAUACAAACAAUGCUGUUCAAAAUCUUGAGAACCCCAGACCAAGUCACGGAAGAGAACAUAGCUGCGUACAGAAAGUUCUUGAGCUUUAUCCAAGACGAAUUAAAGAAGAACGGAAGCAAGUUCCUUGGAGGGUCCGAACCAGGAUACGCGGACUACAUGAUAUGGCCUUGGUUCGAGAGGAUGGUGCCGAUAUCAGAGCUGUAUGAUACAGUGAAGAUAGACGAGAAUGAAUACAAACUACUUUGGGAAUACAUUAACAACAUGUUAAAGGACCCAGCUGUGAGCCAGUACUUGGUGCCGAAGGAGAUUCUUUUUAAGUUUAUUAAACCCUACAGAACUGGAGGAAAACCUGAUUAUAAUCUCCUUACUGUGGAGUAAUUAAUUUAAUAACUUUGAAAUUAUUUAUAGAUAUUUGUAUUAUGGGUUACGUAUGAAAUGAAAUAUAAGGAAUAAGAUCA